AUGGCCUUGAAGAAUGUGCCCUUUCGCUCAGAGGUCUUAGCCUGGAACCCGGACAGCCUCGCUGAUUAUUUCAGGAAGCUGAACUACAGGGACUGUGAGAAGGCGGUGAAGAAAUACCACAUUGAUGGCGCUCGGUUUUUGAACCUGACAGAAAAUGACAUCCAGAAGUUCCCUAAGCUGAGGAUGCCGAUUCUCAGCAAGUUAAGUCAAGAUAUCAAUAAGAAUGAAGAGAGAAGGAGCAUUUUUACACAAAGCCAUGAAGAAGACAAUGGUGGCUGGUCAUCCUUUGAAGAAGAUGAUUAUGAAAGUCCCAAUGAUGAUGAUCCAGAAGGGGAGGAGGAUGAUGGUGACUAUGAGUCCCCCAAUGAGGAGGAAGGGGCGCUGGUGGACGAUGUGGCUGAUUAUGAGCCUCCACCCUCCAAUGAUGAGGAGGCUCUACAGAACUCCAUCCUGCCCGCCAAGCCUUUCCCCAACACCAACUCCAUGUACAUCGACCGGCCUCCCACCAGCAAGGUCUCCCAGCAGCCUCCGGUGCCCCCACAGAGACCAAUGGCCGCCCUCCCUCCCCUGCCAACAGGCCGGAAUUCCUCGCCACUAUCUCCACCCCAUCCCAACCACGAAGAACCCACCAGAAGUCGAAACCACAAACCAGCGAAGUUGCCUGCUCCAUCAAUAGACAGAAGCACAAAACCUCCCCUCGACCGCUCAUUGGUGCCUUGUGACCGAGAGCCCUUCACACUAGGAAAGAAACCAACAUUUUCUGACAAGGUAAGCUGGGGUAGGACUCUCGGGGAGCAUUUACCCAAGAUACAAAAGCCUCCUUUACCACCAGCCAUGGACAGACACGAAAGGAUUGAGAAGCGAGUAGACGUGCUUAGUGGGAAGUACAGGAUGGCUGCUGUGGGAGACCCUGUCCGAAGCGGGCAUGGACGGGGACCAGACAGAAGGGAGAAUGAUGAAGAUGAUGUGCAUCAGAGAACUUUGCCCCAGCCAUCACUACCUCCUAUGAGCUCCAACACCUUCCCCUCAAGAUCUGCCAAGCCCAGCCCCAAGCACGCAUUCCCGUUGUCUCAAAUGCCAGGAAUCUUCUCAGAAAGUAACAUUGGUUUCCAGCAGAGUGCCUCCCUGCCACCAUACUUCUCUCAAGGUCUCAGCAAUAGACCACCUCUCAGAAAUGAAGGCAGAAACUUAUCCAUGCCAGUUCCAAACAGGCCACAGCCUCCAUCUCCUGAAGAAGAAGAGAUUCCAUUAGAUGAAGAGUGGUAUGUCUCUUAUAUCACCCGACCAGAGGCAGAAGCUGCUCUUAGAAAGAUAAACCAGGAUGGUACUUUCCUGGUAAGAGAUAGUUCUAAGAAAACAGUAAGCAACCCAUAUGUCCUCAUGGUAUUGUACAAAGACAAAGUUUACAACAUUCAGAUCCGUUACCAGGAGGAAAGUCAAGUAUACUUGCUGGGGACUGGACUUCGAGGAAAAGAGGACUUUCUGUCUGUAUCAGAUAUUAUUGACUACUUCAGGAAAAUGCCACUGUUGCUCAUUGAUGGAAAAAAUCGAGGCUCUAGAUACCAGUGCACACUGACACACGCUGCAGGGUGUCCAUAGCAAGCCCGUCAAGCCAAUCAGCAUUCCUGACUCUGUCAUCAAUGGGUGAAGAUCAAGCAACCUUAGGAAAUGGAUGAACACUUAGGACAAAAGCAAGCCCCUUAAUGCAGGCACAGAGUUUUGCCCUUUUCCUUUAAAGAGUGUUUGAAGAUUGCUAAAUAUCCCAUAAUUUAUUUAUUUUCUUCAAUGUCUGCAAAGUGCAGAAGUAAUCACGCCCACAUCUGAAGUCUGAGUGCAUUGCAGUACUUCAUCUCAAGACCUGAGAUUUUGAACAAUCCAUCUCAAAAUACAGCGCUUUACAUAUUGCAGAAAUAAUGUGGGCAAGUUCAAGAAGUACUGAAACUGAUGGUUUUUGAUAUCAGACAUUUUAUAACGAAACUUUGUCAAUCUGAGGCACAACUUUUUUUUUUUUUACACAACUUAAAACAAUUAACUUGAG